AAAUCGUGUAUCGAUGAAAGGAAGAACGGUUUCGAUUCACAUAGUUAUACGUGUUAAACAUGUAUCAAGCUCUAAUUGAACGAGAGAAAAAACAAACAAUCGCGCGGCAAUUGUCUCUGGUGGGCGUAAUUGCGAUAUUGCGAUGUAUCGUAUCGUAAUAGUUACGACGAUGGGAUAUGGGAUCGCGUCGGUGUACGAGGCCGUCUCCUCGGCGGUAAUGCGUAUACAAAAGGAAAUCAAUGCUCUCACACCAGCAGCGAGCGACAGUGAUCGUGUGUAAAAAUGAAAUGGGGCAUUGGGUGAAAGUACUCGCGCGCGGAGUUGGAGGUCUUACAGUCUUAUAUCAGAUCAGUCUUUGCCAGUCUUUGCCAACAGCAGUGCAGGAUGUCCACGACGAGUUUGCCACGCUCCUUUAAAUGAUCAGAUCUCCUUCGACGGAGAUUGUUCUCUCUUCAUUAUUCUUUCGGUCAUCGUUUCGUUUCGUCCCAGCAACGAGCAAGAUUCAAUUUUGCUAGAAACGCCACGAACACGAGGCGAAACAGUCGUGGCCGUCUCAUGUUCAUCGCUCACGUUCGCAUCAAACGGAUUUUCGUACAGAUCGAACAGUCGUUCGUGCUACUCAUCGUGUGCUUCAAUGAUGCAGAUAAUAUGGACGUGGUGGUUGAUCGUGUCAGUGGCAGAUUUAACGUUGGCCCUUGACAAUGGUCUGGUAAAAACACCGCCGAUGGGAUGGCUCGCAUGGGAACGAUUCAGGUGCAACACGGACUGCAAAAACGAUCCUGACAACUGCAUCAGCGAUCGACUUUUUCGCACUAUGGCCGAUAUCGUGGUAGCAGAGGGCUAUGCAGCAGUUGGGUACGAGUACAUCAACGUUGAUGAUUGCUGGUUGGAAAAAGACAGAGACGUCAAUGGUCAGUUAGUGCCCGACAGGCAGAGGUUCCCGUAUGGCAUGAAAAGUCUCGCGAACUACAUUCACUCGAAAGGUCUCAAGUUCGGUAUCUACGAGGACUUCGGUAAUUACACUUGCGCCGGUUACCCAGGAAUAUUAGGACACUUAGAGGCCGACGCGCACACCUUCGCAGCGUGGGAUGUUGACUAUGUAAAAUUGGACGGAUGUUAUUCCCAGCCCUCUGAGAUGGACAGAGGAUAUCCCGAGUUUGGAUACUACUUGAAUCAAACCGGCAGAUCUAUGGUGUACUCUUGUAGUUGGCCAGUCUAUCAGAUCUAUGCCGGCAUGCAGCCGAAUUACACUGCCAUAACGGAGAACUGUAACCUCUGGAGAAAUUUCGACGACAUUCAAGACUCCUGGAACAGUUUAGAAACCAUUAUAGAUUAUUACGGAAAUAAUCAGGACGGAAUCGUGCCGAACGCUGGUCCUGGCCACUGGAACGAUCCGGACAUGCUGAUCAUCGGUAACUUCGGGCUCAGUUACGAACAGAGUAAAACGCAAAUGGCGUUGUGGGCGAUUCUGGCCGCGCCGCUUUUGAUGUCCGUCGAUCUCCGAACGAUCAGGCCGGAAUACAAAGCUAUCCUACAGAAUAGAAAGAUCAUAGCCGUGGACCAGGAUCCGUUAGGCAUCCAAGGCCGACGUAUUUACAAACACAAGGGUAUCGAAAUUUGGGCGAGGCCAAUUUCUCCGGUUAAUCAGAAUUACUUCUCGUACGCUAUAGCAUUCGUGAACAGAAGGACGGACGGCACGCCGUCCGACGUGUCUGUCACGUUAAAGGAACUUGGACUCCAGUAUCCCGGUGGAUACAGCGUAGAGGAUUUGUACGAAGACGUGAAUUACGGUGUCCUCACGCCGCAAACGAAGAUAAAAGUUAAAGUGAAUCCCUCCGGUGUUGUGAUAUUACGGUGCGAUUUACAUUUACAGGACAUCUUCGACACGAAUCACUUCCCGCAGUUGUUCAAAGUCAGGCAGGACUCGUUUAAAUAACACGAGCUAAGUAGCAACGAACUUUAAUCACACUAUUUUUUUCAUAUUUGAUAAAACAACGUUACCGUA